AUGGAAACCCUCGGCAUCUUCAAAUCGACAUGUGCUGACCCUACUCCCCGGUCAGUGGCUGCAAUGAAGCAGCCCAGUCCGACGCACCGGGGAGUAAAAACCGCGGCUGACAUGGAUAGUCAUGAAGCACAGGCAUUCUCGACAACCUCGUCCGAUCUGUGGGAGGGGGAUCCGAGAACAGGCCGCGUGGACCAGGAGCCCGGACUCGUGCUUGGGAUGGCAGACCUCGACAUCCAUCCGCACACAUUGACAUUAUGA